AUGGCAUUUGUUCAGUAUGGAGUUGCUUUGUUGAUAGCACUAAACAGGAUGACAAUAAUAAUCAAGAUGAACUUUUUUGCAGAAAAAUGGCUGAAAUACGGUCGGGUGCUAAUGAUUCUAGUCGUCUUUGUCCCCUCAAUUGCAACGUUUCCAUUCUUUUUCAACGAGGUUUACUUUAAAUAUAUCGAAUCAGGAGAUAGAUAUCAACUAACAUCUGACUACAACAUCUCCAGUUUAUUCACCAUCGUAUUCCUUGUCUUGUGUAUCGUAACUGUCCUUGCAUCUGUCUUCAACGCGAUGACACUUAUAAUGAUAAAAAGACUGGUUCUCUUACCUAAGAAUCUAGACUAUCAGUACUUCCUGGUAUCAGUUUGCUCAACUGUCGUUCUAAUCAUUGGAACAGGAAUCACAUUUUCUAUGAGAAUUGCCGAGAAGAAUUCAUAUCUUUAUAAUGUCACAAAUGCAUUGCUCCCAUUUGUCACCGAUCUACUUUCGCUUCAUCAGCCCUUCGUGUUAAUGAUCUUCUCUCCCCGGAUUCGUGAGGUUGUUCUGGGUAUGGUAUGUCGUAUUGUAUGUUGUGACUGUUGCAAAGAUCCUCCCACCAAGACGGUCGCAAACAAUACAUCGGGAAUCACCUAA